AUGAGCAAACAUCCGGAGUUUCUUGGAGCAGGAUCCGCUCCUGGACUGGAGAUCUGGAGGAUCGAGAACAAGGUCCCCAAGCCAUGGCCAAAGGAGAAGUUCGGCACCUUCUACACUGGAGACAGCUACAUCUGUCUCAAGACCAUUGAGACGAAGGGCGGGUCCUACGAGUGGGACCUUCACUUCUGGCUAGGGAAGGAGUCUUCCGUCGACGAGAUGGGUAUUGCAGCUUACAAGACAGUCGAGCUGGACGACUCGCUAGGAGGAGCUCCGGUGCAGUACCGAGAGACUCAGGACCACGAGUCCGCCAAGUUCCUCGCGCUGUUCAAGCAAGGACUCGCACUGAGACGAGAGGACUCUGUAAAGGAGCGGCAGAUGCUGAUGCAGCAGGAGAUGCUUGCCUUCGGGGAUGGCUCAGGCAAGGUGGAGGUCUGGAGGAUCGACAACUUCGACAUGACCCCGGUGCCGGAGGCUUCCUACGGUCAGUUCUACAGCGGCGACUCUUACAUCAUCCUCUACUCGUACGAGAAGGCCAAAGGGUUGGACGUCGUGCUGAAGAUCAAGGAUGAUGAGAGGGGAGGAAGGGCCAAGAUUGUUCCUCUAGACGAGGGAAGCGAAACCGAAGAUUUUUGGAAGGCUCUCGGGGGGCAGGGGAAGAUCAAGUCAGCUGAGGAAGCAGGAGAUGAUGAGACCUCUGAAAAGAAGGCCAUGGCAGAGCAGCUCAUGCAGAAGGAUGAGACAGAGGGAGAGGACGGGGAAGAGGACGAGGACGAGGACGAGGACGAGGACGGGGACGAGGACGAGGACGGGGACAGGGAGCAGAAGUGGGGAAGACACUGUGGGAGGAGGCGGGGACGAGGAACUUCCGUCUUCGUGUGGGUGGGCAAGAGCGCUCCUCAGGAGUGCCGCAAGAUGGCAAUGACGGCUGGUAUGGAGUACGUCAGCAAGGCGGUCGAUCCUACAUGCAAGCCUCUGUACCUCUCGGACGAUGAGUUCAAGACGGUGAUGGGGUGCACGAGGGUGGAGUACAUCAACAUGAAGAAGUGGAAGCAGGACGAGCUGAAGAAGAAAGCAGGCUUGUUCUAA